UAUAGGUGGUUGCAUGAGAAAGCUGUCCUCUCUCUCUCUCUCUCUGAUCUCUCUCUCGUAAAUGCACCCUUAUCCUAUCUUCCAUGGCUUCCCUCCUGCAACUCCUCCAUUUGAUCUUCUCCAUAUCUUUUCUGCUAACCUGUCGCAUCGCUACAUCUAAUCGAACUCCCAAGCCUUACGUUGUUUACAUGGGAAGUACUUCAUCAUCAAAUAAUGAGGGAUCAGAAGUUCAAGUUGCAGAAUCAGCUUACAUGCAAUUAUUGUCCUCCAUUAUUCCGAGUGAAGAUCAGAAUGAGAGAAGAUCUUUAACCCACCAUUAUGAUUAUGCUUUUAAAGGGUUCUCUGCCAUGCUUACUGAGAAUGAAGCUUCUAUCUUAUCUGCUGCAGGCCAUCCUGAUAUUGUGUCCGUCUUCCCCGAUUCUGUCCUUCAACUACACACCACACGUUCUUGGGAUUUCUUAGAAACAGAAAGAAGGAUAUUGAGGGCGAGCGCAACAUAUAAUAAGCAUGUGUCAAGUGAUGUCAUAAUCGGGAUGAUAGACACAGGUAUAUGGCCCGAGUGUCCAAGUUUCAAUGACAAGGGAAUUGGGGAAAUUCCUUCAAGAUGGAAAGGAGUUUGCAUAGAGGGACCUGACUUCAAACUAUCCAAUUGUAACAGGAAGUUGAUAGGAGCAAGAUACUACCCCACCCCAGAGAUGAACUCCAUUCAUGGUAGCAAGAUGAGUCCAGCAGCAGGCAAAACUUCUUCUGGAUCGCCUAGGGAUUAUGUAGAUCAUGGCACUCACACGGCAUCUACAGCAGGUGGUUUCCCAGUCGUCAAUGCUAGUUAUUAUGGCUUAGCAGGGGGGACAGCAAGGGGUGGCUUGCCAUCAGCAAGGAUUGCGAGCUACAAGGCAUGCUCAAAAGUAGGAUGCUCCAGUUCCUCCUUAUUGAAGGCUUUUGACGAUGCACUUAAAGAUGGUGUAGACAUAAUAUCAGUUUCCAUUGGAGUGAACUUUUUUCUGUCAAACUACAAAAAUGACCCCAUUGCCAUUGGAGCAUUUCAUGCAGAGAAUAUGGGGGUCAUGGUUGCUUGCUCUGGAGGCAACGAUGGUCCUUUUCCUGACACCAUUAAAAAUACGGCUCCAUGGAUCUUUACUGUUGCGGCUUCUAGUAUUGAUAGGGACUUUCGGUCCACCAUACAGCUUGGAAACGGGAAAACUUUCCGAGGAUCUGCCAUUAACUUGUCUAACCUGACCAAGACGAGGACAUAUCCUCUUGUUUUUGGAAAGGAUGUUGCUUCUAACUUUACCCCCACAAAUGAAGCAAGCAAUUGCCGUCCGGGAUCAUUAGAUCCAGAGAAAGCAGCAGGGAAGAUAGUUGUUUGUGUUGAUAACGACCCAACUAUGUCAAGGAUCAUCAAGAAACUAGUCGUAGAAGAUAUGGAAGCCAUAGGGAUGAUUUUCAUCAGUGAGGCUGAGAAAGAUGUGCCAUUUGAUUCGGGCACUUUCCCAUUCGUACAAGUUGGGAGCGUUGAAGGGUUGCAGAUUCUUCACUACAUCAAUUCCACCAAGGACCCAAGAGCAACAAUUCUUCCGACAGUUGAAAUUCCAAGGUAUAAACCUGCACCAGUUGUGGCGUACUUCUCAUCCAGAGGUCCCGCUCGGCUAGCAGAAAACAUUCUUAAGCCUGAUAUAAUGGCCCCGGGAGUGGCUAUUUUAGCUGGCACGAUUCCACAUACUGAUGAGCCUGGCAGCGUUCCAGUCGGUAAGAAGCCAUCCCAAUUUGCCAUAAGAUCUGGAACGUCAAUGUCUUGCCCCCAUGUAACAGGCGCGGCUUCUUUGAUCAAGUCAGUGCACCCUGGAUGGUCUCCUUCCAUGAUCAAAUCAGCACUUAUGACAACAGCAACCGUUCACGACAACAUGGGGAAACCUUUGACAAAGGGUUCGGGCAAUCCUGCAAAUCCACAUGAGAUGGGGGCUGGAGAAAUAAGCCCACUCAAAGCUCUCCAUCCAGGACUGGUCUUUGAAACCACGGCAACAGACUAUCUCAGAUUCCUCUGUUAUUAUGGCUAUUCAGAGAGAGAUAUUAGAUCGAUAUCGAACACCAACUUCAGCUGCCCAAGUAACUCCAUUAAGGACCUCAUCUCAGAUAUCAACUAUCCAUCCAUCUCCAUUGCUAACCUCAGUCGGAAUCAAACUGCAGCUAAAACAAUCCAAAGAACAGUGACCAACGUGGGACUCUCAAAUGCCACUUACAUUGCUAAGGUUUAUGCUCCGGUGGGGUUAGUGGUCGAUGUGUUCCCUCAUAAGCUUGUUUUUCUUAAGGGUGUGACAAAGUUAUCCUACAAUGUCUCAUUCUUUGGCAAGGAGGCUUCUAGUGGCUACAAUUUUGGGUCUCUUACAUGGUUUGACGGUCGACAUUCUGUCCGCACCGUGUUUACUGUGAAGGUUCAAUAAUUUGCAAAAUGCUAGUAAUUAGUCUAGGAUAUGAAAAAGAUGGUGAUUUUAAUAUUUGAUAAAGAUGAAUGUUAUAGUUGUAAA